AUGUAUAACGCCUCGACACAAAGUACGGUUAAGGGCUAUAAGAUUGCAGAAUGGCUGUCAUUUAACGCCGAGGCCUUUUCUGACCGCCUUGCCCUAACUCUUGACCCCCUCCGAGCUGCACGCACAGGGGAUGACUACUAUUUUCUUCAUUAUAACGGCGACUUGAUCCUCGAACUACCGGAGAAUUUCAAGCAACUCGAUGCAAAUGCGCAACGUGCGGUUAAGGGGAAAGUCACCGACUCGAUCCUGUUAUAUCUCUACGAGAAAUAUACGGCAGAAAGGAACCUAACCCUAAGCAGAGUGUUCCCGUGUCCAAAUGGCAAGACAUUAAUCGAUCCAAUCCGCUUUGUUGGGAAUACAUGGGAUAGAGAUAUUAUACCACUCCGAGAGUCGUUGAUAAGGAUCCAGAGGAAGUGGAGUUCACUCGGCCAUACGGUCGAGUGCCCCAUCGACUUUUCUCCCGAAGAAAUUCGCAAACAUCAUGAGGAUAGUGAGGGCUGGAAUGAAGUACAAGACUUUUGGGACGCCUUAUCAGGAAUCAUGAGCCGGGAUGGCUGGACCUCACAUGCCACAUACGAUCAAGCAAUUGCCAUUUAUUCUCAGAUCCAGGCAGGCACAGCCCGUCACUCAAGCCACGAUGUAUAAUAGCUUCCCAGGUGUUCAAUUCUGAUAACUCAGCCAGCCCUGCAAGCAUCGAGCAUAAAACAUCGGGCCGGUUAUAGCUCAAGAAAGUGCACCACCGCUCCCAGCUGGCGUGGCGAUGAGGAGUUUACCAAGCGGAGGAUGAGCGUGCCUGGAUGAGCUCUGAUGGACGCGCUCACAAUGCUGGAAGCCUCAGGCCGAAAGUACCUCGCGGACAGUGAGAGAUGUGGCUAUUUUCGGCAGUCACCUGCUGCCAAAAACAGCCGCUGGCACACAUCUUCAGGCUGGCACCGCCGAGGUCUUUCCCUACGGGAACUUCAGCGGAGCGGAGCAUUUCCCGGCUCAUGGUAGUAAAGGUAUAGUAAGGUAUGAAAUAUCAUUGAGUGCAGCACACAUACCCGCCAGUUUCCGGAUUCUCCGUUUCCUUUCAUGUAUAUCAUAACGCCAUAGGGAAGACAGACAUCCAC